AUGAUUGCAAAGUGCAAAGAAGAAGAAGAGAAGGAGACUGCUAAACUGAAAGCUGCCAGCACUACUGAUUCGGAAGAAGAAUGCGAUAAUGUGAGUCAAAACGAUUUGAUGCCAUUAGAGAGUGAAACAGAUGAAGAGACUGGGAGUUCAAAGAGUGAUGAGGAUCGUGAUGAUAAAGAAGAAGAAGGAGAUGCUGAUCAAAAGGCAGCCGUUGAUGAAAAGGAAAGUUCCUUUAGCUUUAAAGCUAUUGCUGCAUCAUUUAUGAAAAUUUUUACUAAAAAAGAAGCAAAAGCUCAUGAUUCGCAAAUUGGUAAAGCUGAUGCAAAAGGAGUCUUAAUGGAAGGGAAGGGAUUGAGCGUCAGUGCUGAUGCUAAAGGGGUUGAAACAAAAACUGCAACAGUGACAGCAGCUGGUGUGAAAGGAGAAGGCAAGAUAAAUGUCAAUGUAGAAGGGAAGGGCCUAAGUGCAACUGCAGCGGAUUUAAAAGUAACAGGAGGAAAGGGAAGUGUUGGAGUAGAUGUUAAAGCAUCAGUUAAAGGUGGAGAUGUGUCGGCUCUUAAAGCUGAUGUCAGUGGUGCUGAAGGUAAUGUUGGUGCAUCAGGGAAAGCUGAAGGUGUUGGCGUGGCUGCUGAAAUAGCUAAAGUAAAAGCAACUGGAGGACAAGCCGAUGCCAGUGCAUCUGCUGAAGCAAAAGCAACUGGUGUAGCUGCUAGUUUUGGAAAUGCUACCAUUUCUGGAGCUAAAGCAACAGCAAAUGCCUCUAGCUCAGCAGAAGUAAAAGGUGCUAGUAUCAAUGCAGGCAAGGCAGAUGUCUCCGGAGCUAAUGCUACAGCACGUGCUGGAGCUAAAGUUGAAGUUGAAGGGUUUGAUGGACAAUUUGGUUCAGCAAAAGUUGUUGGUGUAGAAAAAAAGAUUGAAACAAGUGCAGACAUGAAUAUAACAGGUAAAAAGGUGAUUAUGGGUACAGCAACUGUUGAAGGAAUAAAAGGAGGAGCAAGUGCAAAAGCUACGGCAAGUGUUGAAGGCUCAACAAUAAAAGCAGCAAAUGUUAGAGUGACUGGAAUAGAUGCUACAGCUUCAGCUAAAACAAGUGUUAGCACAGGGGGAUUUGAAGGAGAAUUCGCUAAUGUUCAAUUAAGUGGACAUGGAGGUAGUGGAGUAAGUGCUAAUGCUGAAUUGAAACCAGGAGUGCAAGCUGGUAACAUUAGUGCUGGUACACACAUGCGUCCUGGAAUAUCUGUUUCUACAAAAGUUGGAAUUGGAAAUUUUAACUUGUCUGUUGGUCCUCCUAGAAUCAACAUUGCACCAAAUUUUGGCGGAAUUUCUUUUGGAAGUGCUGGAGGAGGAAGUGGUUGUAAGGCCGCUGCUGUCAUUAAAGGGAAAGGAAGUAAUGGUGGAGGAGGAGAAGGAGAAGAAGCCAAUGUGGAAGGUACUGGUACAGCUGAAGGAGGAGGAGGAAAAGGAGAAGGAGGAGAA